AUGUGCACGGAAGUCGCAUUCUUCAGAUCACAUGAUUAUGCUGUUGCCGACAAGUCAAUAUUGGACUUCUUGGCUGAUGCCGAUAGAAGUUCACUCAAUAUUUGGAUCGUUUUUUUGGGGGACUGUACAAAAUGUCCUGGAAUAUAUUUCUCUCUAGUUUCUGGAAGGAAAAUCGUCCAGGAUGGCAUUCAUGUUGAAUCAGUUUUAGCCGAAUGUCGGAAUCCCAAAUCGUCAUCUUUAACCGGCAUCGGUAUCAAUAAAUUCGAUUACCUACGACUUUACAUGAAUUUCUUCCCUGAGGAUAUGAAGGUCCACAUUCGUGUAAAAGAAGGGGUUGCAAGAGAGGUUUUGCAUAUUAACGCGCAUAACCCUUUAAAAGAGCCAUUAUUUCUAACGCUUCAAAGUAAAGAGUUCUUUUCAUCUGAUUCGAAGACUUGUCAAUUUGCCUUGCUCUUCCGUAAGGACUUUAUCAAAUUUCUUAAUGCUUUGAAAGAAGGGAGAAGCAUUGGCGUUCGCAACGACGCUGAGUGGGGGAAGUCAUCUGACUUCUAUUUACACCCUGUUUGCCUGUUCUGUGUUAUGGCGGUUUUUUUCCAGUGGCAACCUCCGUUAUGCUUUUCUUGCGUUGAAAAUAGAGUACAAGUCGUCACGCAAGAUUGCAACCAUGCAAUGUUUUGUGUUAAGUGUUACGAAACUUACCUUGCGCGAGAACGAGAACGGCUUGGCUUAUUGCGCUCAAAAAAUAAGAUUGACAAAGAUAGUGCUUUUGUCCGAUGUCCGUUAUGCAGAGAUAAAAUUCGAAGUGUUGGUCGCAUUUGGUUUGUGACAACAAGGUGUCUACUAUGCGGCUGUAAAACUCUCGAUGCUGUGGCUGGAGGUGUGGCAGGCUGUGGAUGUGUUUUUGGAUGUUAUGGGGAAGCACAGAAGCUUAUUCGAACUCAAAAGCCAAAGUGCCCCUACUGUGAAACUCCUCUAGUAGAUUUUGACGUUGCGUUCUGCAGCUCUAUGGUUUUAUUCUUAACGGUAUUUAGCAUUUCUCCAACUUUGGAGCUUCUAAGGAAUAGUAGAUUUUGGAAGUUUGGUGAAAUUAUGUCCUACUCUGUUCGUUUAGAACUUCCAGGUAAGGUUGAGGACGACGCGGAUGCAGGUUCAACGGAAGACCAGCAGGAGUUCAAAGGAGGUCUUGGCUGUUGUCGACCGCGCUAUAGUGACAGUGGAUCCUGUAUAUAG